AGUCACUGGGCAGCAAUGCUGAUCUGGAGGGCUUGUUCUUCCUCCUCCUCAUCAUCUCUUUGCUAUGUCAGCCCGUGGAGGUGCCUCUGCUUAAUUGCAGUCCUGACUUCCAGGUGCUCAUUAGUCACCACCCUCUGUCCUAGGCUUAAUCCUCGAUGGAUAAACUCCCUGAGGACUUCCAGCCUCGAGGGACAGCCACUGCAGUGCAUUCAGCCUGUGUAUGGAGCACAGCAUCCUCCGCUGGAUUCCCGGCUCACCCAAAACUUCAUCAAGGACCGCUCCAAGGCCGCCGGGCUGCCCAUGAAAAGCAAGAAGGCCUCCAGCUUCCACGAGUUUGCCCGCAGUACCAGCGACGCCUGGGACAUCGGGGAUGACGAAGACGAGGACUUCUCCUCCUCCUCCUCCUCGUCCUCUUUGCAAACUCUGAACUCUAAGGUGGCCAAGGCCACGGCAGCGCAGGUGCUGGAGAACCACAGCAAGCUGCGGGCCAAGCCCGAGCGCUGCCAGCCUGCCCUGGGGGACCUGCCCACCAACUGCAAGGUCAUCAAGUCCAGCAGCGAGGCCCAGCUCUCCAGGACCUCUGAGGAGGGCUGUGUGCGGAGCCCCCUGCAGAAGCAGCAGUCCCUGCCCCUCCGGCCUGUCAUUCCCCUCGUGGCUCGCAUCUCUGACCAGAACGCCUCCGGGGCUCCCCCUAUGACCGUGCGGGAGAAAACGCGCCUGGAGAAGUUCCGGCAGCUCCUUUCCAGCCACAACACCGACCUGGAUGAGCUGAGGAAGUGCAGCUGGCCUGGUGUGCCCAGAGAGGUCCGGCCUGUGACGUGGAGGCUGCUGUCAGGCUACCUCCCGGCCAACUCGGAGCGCCGCAAGCUGACCCUGCAGAGGAAGAGGGAGGAGUACUUCGGCUUCAUCCAGCAGUACUACGACUCCCGCAACGAGGAGCACCACCAGGACACCUACAGACAGAUCCACAUUGACAUUCCAAGGACCAACCCACUCAUUCCCCUCUUCCAGCAGCCACUUGUCCAGGAGAUUUUUGAGAGGAUCCUGUUUAUCUGGGCCAUCCGCCACCCAGCCAGCGGCUAUGUGCAGGGCAUCAACGACCUGGUCACCCCCUUCUUUGUUGUGUUCCUCUCUGAGCAUGUUGAGGAGGAUGUGGAAAACUUUGAUGUGACAAACCUGUCCCAGGACGUUUUACGGAGCAUCGAAGCCGACAGCUUUUGGUGCAUGAGCAAGCUGCUGGAUGGGAUCCAGGACAAUUACACCUUUGCACAGCCAGGGAUCCAGAAGAAAGUGAAAGCCCUGGAGGAGCUGGUCAGCCGGAUCGAUGAGCAGGUACACAAUCACUUUAGGAAGUACGAGGUCGAGUACCUGCAGUUUGCCUUUCGCUGGAUGAACAACCUGCUCAUGAGGGAGCUGCCCCUGCGCUGCACCAUCCGCCUCUGGGACACCUACCAGUCAGAGCCAGAAGGAUUCUCCCAUUUCCACCUGUACGUCUGUGCUGCCUUCUUGAUCAAGUGGCGGAAGGAGAUCCUGGAUGAGGAAGACUUCCAAGGCCUUUUGAUGUUGCUACAAAACCUGCCCACGAUACACUGGGGUAAUGAAGAGAUUGGGCUGCUGCUGGCUGAAGCCUACAGACUCAAGUACAUGUUUGCAGAUGCCCCGAACCAUUACCGCCGAUAGGUGCCCAGACUGCUCCUCCCCCUGCCCGCCCCUUGGCCUGGCCCGAUCUGAUCACUGUGGCAUUUUUGUCAUCCCAACUCCUCGGACACUCCAGCCAGCAGCUGCUCUUUGCUGUACAAAGCUCACCUGAACUCCUGUCUUAACUCUGAACGUGUGCCUGUCUGCCACUCCAUGCGCCUGGAUGUGCCAUUUGACAACUCUCAGUAUUUCACUCCGUGCUGGUGGCUCACGCCAGGAAGGGCUGAGAGAGAACAUGGGGGAAGCUUUACAGAUAAACUGAGCCAGAGACGAAGCCCUCCUGUCCUCUCCACUCCCUGUGCUGGGCUUGUCUGGCUGGGACCACUUCAGCUUUGCUGCCUCCCGUUGCCCUGCCCCAUCUGCUCCCUCCUCUCUCCUGACACCGUUUGCGCCAAGUCCCAGAUGAAAAUGCCUUAUCAGAGACCUGCCUGGCAGCAGAAUCCUUCCCCACCAGGGUGGCAGGGCAAGAAGUUUCUCUCAGGGCCUACCUUCGCUCCGAGGGUCCAGAGACCCCCCAGGCACUUUGUGGGUUCACAGGAGAGUCCCUGGUGCCUGCCCUCCCUCCUCGUCUCCAUCCUCUUCGCCUACCUCUCCCCCA